CGACGUCGACGUGGGCUCUACACGACGACACGAAGGAAUAUGCAUUCUGGUAACCGGACUCUCCAACUCCACCACUCUCCACCACGAAAGCAAUAAGUACCUUAUCCAUGAUUGAAGGUUACCUCACCGCGAAUGGCCGCAUCGUCGCCCGCGACUUCACUACUGAUCCAAUUACUCCUCCUCCCGUUCAUUUCCGUCGCCUCCGAUGGCCGCCGCCACCGCAAUCGCUGGAGCAAUCGUGUGCGAAUUGGGGAAGAAGCAGCACCGGCCUUCGAAUAGGGAUCAGGCGCUUCCAACGAGGGGUGUCCGAUUGCCGGAACCUCCGGCAGGGGGAGGCAAGAUCGUGCUCCAGCCCAGGCUGUGCACCCUGCGGUCGUACGGGGGGAACGACGCCGGAGUGAUGAGGAAGUCUGAGAAAGACGCAUCGCCCUUCUUCGCCUCCCUCGCUGACUACAUCGAGAGCUCUCGCAAGAGCCAGCAGUUCGAGAUCGCCUCUGGUCGCCUCGCCAUGGUUGCGUUGGCGGCGGCGGUGUCCGUGGAGUUGGUGACGGGCAACUCCAUCUUCAAGAAGCUGGACUUGCAACAGAUAGCGGAGGCCGGCGGGGUGUGCGUGGCGGUCAUCGUCUGCGCCGCCACCUUCGCCUGGAUCUCCAGCGCACGUACCAGAAUCCGGCAGAUGAUCACGCUGGGAUGCAACAGCUUUGUCGACUCCCUCAUCGACAGUGCGGUGGAAGCCCUGUUCUGCGACAGCGAGCUCAGCGAUUGGUCUGAUGAAAUGUAAAUGACGACGAUGAUAAACUUCAGCGUUUGAGAUGAGAAGUGAGAAUAUUUGGAUUGCUAGAAUAGAAUAGUCAUAUAUAGAUAUUAAGGAUUGGAGUUGAUCUCCAUCAGUAAACUAUACAAACUACAAACCAGAUCAGAAAAGAAAGAAGGAAAAAAAACACUGGAAUUUGUAGUCUGGAAAUCAUGGAACUCAUCAAUAAUCGUCUAUUGUUUUCGAUAUGGGUUUGCUGAUCAGAUCCCAUAAUGAUUUGUACACGUAUACAAGUUAUUUCUAAAUGUCAAAUUUCUCUUUAUACAAUAUUUAU